GGAACCGUAUCAAAAGAAAAGAAUGAAUUGCUUUUCUCCAAUUUCAAUAUCAAUUACAAUAACUUACCAGAAAUGUAUCGAAAAGGAUCAGUGUUAAUAAGGGAGGAGGUCGAAAUUAAGACAAUGAAUAAACAAGGAAUAGAAAUCAUACGACGGAAGAAAACGGUCACAGUUCUACACACGGAUAUUAUAGGAGAGAGAUUCUGGAAGGAACACCCAGAAAUUGAAAUCACCAUUGUUUAA